AUGGCUAUACGGUUUCAAGACUGGGACUCAUACGUUACCAUCGACCAACAGAAUGUUUUCCGGUGGAAUCGAUUAGAACCCAACUAUCCUCUCCACUACACUUCACAAUCUCAAACCAUUACAGUUGACGUAAGAGCAGAAUUUACCGACGAAAGAUAUACGUUAGAAGACAACUACUUUCUUGCUUACAUACAGCAGCAUCCCACAGAUGUAAAUACUCAACAGAUGAGCUCACAUUACAUUGCAAGAGCAUUCCUGAUGAAUAACGGAUUAUCAGGCUUGGCACUCAAUACCAGCAAGAGCAGCCACGAAAGAUACGAUUUCUCCCUCAGUGACUCUGUUGUGUCAAACAACACUGUCGGAGGGAUUGACGUGGUGGCUACAAGCUCAGGAGGCAAUGGAUACGGGUCGACAGUACAUACUUUUGAAUUGAGCAGAAAUAUUAUUUCUCGUAACGGACAGUUGGCUACAACGACGACACAUCUAAGAUCUAGCGGUAUGAACAUGCAAGUAGACAAAUCCAACCUUCUCAUACAAAACAAUAUCAUUGAGAGUAAUGCAAGAGGAGCUAUUACCUUAACGUUAGACAAAGCAAAUGAGAGCUCGUCUGUUGUUUUAAGCAACAAUCAGAUUGAGGCAAAUAUGGGAGGUGCCGCAGUGUCGUUGUCUGCAGCUAGUGGCACGACGGGACCGCGAGCAUCGAUCACAGAUAACGAUAUCAGUCAUAAUUCUGCUGGCAUUCUGCACGACACAUUAUCUAUCACUAACGUCAUUGCUAACGUGAAUAGAAAUACGUUUUACAACAACACAGCUCGUCACACCGUACGCUGGCAAACUGCAUCACAACAUUCGGUAAACAACCAGCACUGUUCACAUAACAUCUUCUAUUUGAAUGUGGGGGAGAAACCAAACGAGAGGUGGACCAUACUAGCAGAAGGUGUUGCCGCUUCGUAUAGUGGAAAUGUGUUCUUCAACCCUUCAUGA